GGAGAGGCAGGCACAAGGAGAGAGAUUCAGGAGAUUCAAAUUGGAGCAUGAGGGGGAAAAAGGCAUGCACUUGGAGAGGGUGAAGCAGCUUGAGAAUGAGAACAGCAAGCUCGUGACCGAACGGGUGGCACUCAAAGAGAGAUUAGCAAAAUCAAAGGCCGAGGUUGCAAAUUUGGAAUGCAGGUUGGAGAUGGAAAGAGGUGCAGCGGAGGGAUUGAAAACUAUGAGGGCGGAGAAGAGGACGCUUGAAGAGGGAUUUGAGAAAGAGAGGCGAGCACAUGCACAAAGGGUAAAGGAGUUUGAGACUGAGCUUUGCAAUGUAAGGAGGGAGAGGCAGACAUUAGGAGAGAGAUUGGAGAGAUUUCAAACGGCAAAAGGACUGCACUCAGAAAGAGUCAAGCAGUUUGAGGACAAAACAGCAAAUCUGUUGGCCGAAAGGGACGUGCUCAGAGAGAGAUGGGAGAAAUCGAGCACAAGGGUUCAAGAACUGGAAAGCAGAUUUGAGCCGGAAGGAGGUGCAGGCGAGAGAUUGGAAAGGUCUGAUGGAGUGYGAAAAGGGGUUYCAAGACUGGACAGUCAUUUAUUCAGAGGGUUUUCCCUGGACGAACUGAAGACGGCCACACAUUACUUCCAUGAUGAUUGCAAACUUCAAGAGCAACAUAACGGAUGUAUUUACAUGGGAAACAUCACACCCGUUAUGAUAAAGAAACUCAAGUUUGGCAAUGCCAUGACACAGAAUCAGCAAUGUCAAUUGAUGAGGGAGCUUGUGGACCUGCUGAAGUCUCUGCAACACCCGCACCUGCAGACCUUKCUUGGAGUGUGCUACGUAGGAAAUUGUCUUGUGUACGAACACAUGGCCAACGGAAAUGUGAAGGACCUGAUCUCCUUGGCUGAAAGGUCACAAAUUGGCUUCCUCCCRUGGUACAUUCGACUGCGAAUAAUUGCCGAAGUAGCUCGAGCCUUGUCAUUUCUGCACUCCAACCAGUCACUGAGAGGUGGUCCCAUCGUGCACCGCACCAUCAAGCCGGAAAACAUUUUUCUGGAUAGUAACUUUGUUGCCAAAAUCACAGAGGUGGACAUGGCCUUGCUUGCCCCACUGGUUACUGAAGAUGGUGAAACACACCCAGUAACUGAUGCGAAGUACCUGGCCCCAGAGUUUUCUCAUACUGAGGUCUUCACUCAGCAGACGGACGUUUACGCAUUUGGAAUCACCAUCCUUGAGAUCCUCGCGGGGAAGUUCAGGAAUGCGUUGGGAAUCAUGGAGGACGCAGUGGAAGAUGUGGAAGCCUUCAGAAGGGCCCUGGACCCAAACGCAGGAAGUUGGGAUGUUGAUCUGGCCUUGGAAGCUGCACAGGUGGGGUUGAGGUGUGCAAGCUCGAGACGCAACAGGCCGAACAUGACAACAGGUGAAGGUGCCGUYCUCCCUGUGCUGGAAGGUAUUGCUCAUAAAGUGGAACUGGCUGACUCGAUUGAAGACAUAUGAGGGAUGACKGUAGAGCCACUACGCCRAAGUUUUGAGGAUGKCGUCGUCUCAGACGCUUAAUAUAAAGUGUGCCCAGUCUUUAUGGA